UUUUCUCUUGCAUACGCUACUCGGCUAUUGUUUGAAAAUUGUUUGAUACAAUUGUUAUUGUUCUGAUGCGUCUUUCCAACUUUCCAGUCAUUCGUAACUUUUCAGUUUGUAAAGUUUUUCCAAUAAGGAUGGCGAAAAGAUUAUCGGAGGGGUGACAUGCGGGGGUGCAGAUGGUGUGGGGUAAAAGCCAGGCCAACAAGAUUCAGAAAUGGAAACAUACGAUUUCGGUUUCGAAUGUGCGUGCUGCUGUCGCUGCCUAUGGCUGUGUUAUUUCACACAAGCUUGGCUUUUCCUUGCACACUAUCCAAUUUUCCACACGGUAUCGGGAAAAAUCAUACGACGAAAUGAUUGUCGCGCUACGCUGCUGAGAUUCAGUACCUAAUUAUCAUAUGAGAAAAGAUAUUUUAUAUAAAAUAUUGUUUUUUAUUAGCGACAUAAGAACGCAACAAACACAUCCUAUUUUCUUCUGAUGGUGGAAAAUUCAGUUGUUUUUCCGUUUACAUUAUCGUGUGUAUUGUUUUUUAUUGGUGCUACUGUCGUAUCGUUGUUCGUCACAUAGAAUAGAUUUUGGUGUGUGACUCUAUUUUCCCAUUUUUUUUUGCAAAAUGUUCUCUGGUGAAAGUCACAAAUUGAAAUCGAGUUUUUGACGGAAAAAUGAGUUUUCAUGGGGAACGGAAAUCGGGGUUGUAAAAAGCAACGAAACAUACUUAGUGCACAUGAAAAUGAUAGUAAAUGGACAGUUGGUGAACAUCAGGAAAAAAACGUAGGACCAUGUUAACAUCAUAACAAUCUAUAAGAGGAAGAAACAUAUGUUCGAGUGAAAUGCUGUGAAGGAUAUUAGCCAUCAUCAUAGCAUUGUACGCUGGUUAUGUUCAUAUAUUGACCUAGAACUCAUCGAAAAUGCUCUUCAUUUUCGAGUACUAUUCAAGAAGGAGCUAGGAAAGGAUUAAAUUGGGUUUAAAAUUGACUCCAUUAAAAACUUCGGCAGAGACACAUUAAUCGCAUUUCUUUCUAUGAAGAGAAUAAAGGAAUUUGAAAAAUACAAAAUUCUGAAGCCUGAGAGCCUGGUUAUUGAAUGAAACGGAAAAUUCCUAUAAAAAUAUCAUUCUUUAGUUGCAUCUAAGCAACGUGAGACGAGUCUGGUAAAGAAGAGCUGUAGUGGUUGAAAGUGCUGAUAGAUUACGAUUAGAAUUAUUUCAGCAUGAUUUUCUACUUUGCCGGAGAUUCGUGUGCCUGUCAUAAACGAAUAUAUAAUUAUCAUCUAUGUUUCAAGCUUAAAUAGCACAAAAGGCGACUGAAAAAAUUCUUCGGGCAAACAAUAUUCAAAUCGAAAUUGAACGAAAACUGGAAGUUGAGGCACGAAUGGAAGGGAGAAAAGAAACAAGCUGAAUGAAGUUGAAAAAAUUGGAUAGUGUUUAAAGCAAUAUAAUUAUAAUUAUAAUUCAGAUGGCUAACAAAUCUAUUUAAAAGAAAAAUUAAUGAAGAAAAAAUCAGAAUUAUAAUUUUAAAAUAAAAAGAACAAAAUAAUUGAAAAUUCAGAGGAAAAAUCAAAAAAAUUGAAUUUAAAUAUUAUAUAUUGCUCUGGUGGAUAGAGGAUAAAGAAAAUGACAUUAUUAGCUAAUUGAAACUAGCUUGCGUAUAUUUAAACGUCAAUCGUAAAAUAAACAACUUUACUCAAAUCCGUGCACCGUUACGACACCAACUUAUAGAUAUUACUUAUAAAAACAAAAUAUCUUCAAUCUAAAUCAACGGAGAUCUAAAAAAUAAAAGCAAUAAAUAUUUAGAAAAAAAAAAUAAAUAUUUACAUUAUUAAGAAAAAAGUGGCAAAAAUGCGAACUUAAGAAAAAAUCAGAAAAUCUUUAUUUUGCGCGAAAAAAAAAAGAAAUAAAACGCAGGGAAAUAUUUCGCUUUGGGAAUUAUUUUUCCCUUUUCAACCUUAUUAAAAAUUGAUUCUACGUUGCCAUAAUUAAAAAAAAAAUCUUCCAUAAAAUUCGAUGCUUAUGUUAAGCGAGAGAACCAGUUAAAAGUUACCAUCGACGUCGUAGAUGAAUCGAAACAAUUGAAUUAUUUUCACUCCUUCAAGUCAAAAACACCAGAGUCUACUGGAACUUACAGAAUUCCUGAUUGGUUACUACCCCUUCAUGGUCAAAAGUUCCCCGUAGAAGGCGUCAUCGUCGUAUCGCAUCCUGUUAGCAAAAAAAUACCCAAUACUGCGGCGGGAUUUUUAAAUAUUUACCUAAUAUCCUGGACUUUGGAAAAUAGAUAAAAAAAAAAUAUCGGCCAGAUAAAAAUUGCUUUCCUUAGUUAUAGAUAUUCUAAAACAUUCCACCACACAGUAUGGCCUCGGUCGCCGCUUGGCUGCCAUUUGCACGGGCGGCGGCCAUCGGUUGGGUACCGAUUGCAACGCAUCCCCUCCCGCCGCCUCCCGUACCAAAGGAUCGACGUAAAACCGACGAUGAAAAGCUACUCAUCAAUGUAUCCGGUCGCCAUUUUGAAACAUGGCGGAAUACAUUAGAGAAGUAUCCUGACACGCUACUAGGUUCAAAUGAACGUGAAUUUUUUUACGACGAAGAUUGCAAGGAAUAUUUUUUCGAUCGUGAUCCAGAUAUAUUUCGUCAUAUUCUGAAUUACUAUCGAACAGGAAAACUACAUUAUCCGAAGCAUGAAUGCCUGACAAGCUAUGACGAGGAGUUGGCAUUUUUUGGAAUAAUGCCUGAUGUGAUCGGUGAUUGUUGCUACGAGGAUUAUCGCGAUCGAAAACGCGAAAAUGCAGAACGAUUAAUGGACGACAAAUUAUCGGAAAAUGGUGAUCAAAAUCUACAACAGCUUACUAAUAUUCGUCAAAAAAUGUGGCGAGCCUUCGAAAAUCCACAUACGUCGACAGCAGCAUUGGUCUUCUACUAUGUGACAGGAUUCUUCAUAGCUGUUAGCGUAAUGGCGAAUGUUGUAGAAACGGUACCAUGCGGCCAUAGGCCCGGUCGAGCGGGGACGCUCCCGUGCGGUGAACGCUAUAAAAUCGUAUUCUUUUGCUUAGAUACCGCAUGCGUUAUGAUCUUCACGGCAGAAUAUCUGUUACGAUUAUUUGCAGCCCCAGAUCGCUGUAAAUUCGUGCGUAGUGUUAUGAGUAUAAUUGAUGUAGUCGCGAUACUUCCAUAUUAUAUUGGUCUUGGGAUCACGGAUAACGAUGACGUUUCUGGUGCUUUUGUCACAUUACGUGUAUUUCGUGUAUUCCGAAUAUUUAAAUUUUCACGUCACUCUCAAGGAUUACGUAUUCUUGGUUAUACAUUAAAAUCUUGUGCUUCCGAAUUAGGUUUUUUGGUAUUUUCGUUAGCAAUGGCUAUUAUAAUAUUCGCUACAGUUAUGUUUUAUGCGGAGAAAAAUGUAAAUGGUACGAACUUUACAUCGAUUCCGGCUGCAUUUUGGUAUACAAUUGUAACGAUGACAACGUUAGGGUAUGGUGAUAUGGUGCCAGAAACAAUUGCCGGAAAAAUAGUUGGAGGAGUAUGUUCACUUAGCGGUGUGCUUGUAAUCGCUCUUCCGGUACCUGUUAUUGUAUCAAAUUUCAGCCGGAUUUAUCAUCAGAAUCAGCGUGCCGACAAACGUAAAGCUCAAAGGAAAGCACGUUUAGCACGUAUUCGAAUUGCCAAGGCAUCAUCAGGUGCUGCGUUUGCUAGUAAAAAGAAAGCAGCUGAAGCAAGAUUGGCUGCUCAAGAAUCUGGAAUUGAAUUAGACGAUAAUUAUCGUGAAGAAGAUAUAUUCGAGCUACAGCAUCAUCAUUUGUUAAGAUGUCUUGAAAAGACCACGGAUCGUGAAUUUAUUGAGUUAGAAAUUCCAUAUAAUGGACAACCAAAACGACCUGGAUCACCGUCACCAAUGGCUAGUCCGGCACAUUCAACAAAUAGUACUGUUGGUUUAUUGCAAUCAUGUUGCGGUCGAUGUUGCUCCCAACGAUAUCAGAAAAAAAUACAAAAAUGUGAGAAUGAAACAAUUCAAUUGAGUCCAAAUUUUAAAUUAUAAUACAAAACUGAGCAAACAUUAAAUUUUCAUUUUAAGUUUUUUAUUCUACAUGUUAAUAUAUAUAUAUAUAUAUAAUGUAUGGAAACACAACAACAAGCAGUAUUUUAUGAGAUACUAUAUAGAAUGUCAACGGUUAUGAUGUGUUAUCUUUUAUGAUAUUUUUAUGUAGUAAUAUUAAAAUUUUACUAUUGCUGAUGAUUACUUUUGUAAUUUGAUUUUUCAAUGCCGAAAAAAAGAAGGAAAUUGUUAAACUUUUUUGCUGUUUUUAUACUUCUGCAGUAGAAUAGGGUGACAAUAAAUACUAGGCAAAAAGUUAUUUUUGAAAGACUGUUAGAAAACGUUAACAUUUUUCUAUAUAUUAUUUGUUGAUUUUCAAUUGUUUGAGUUUCACUUUUCCUAAUUAUCAGUAUCUUACUUAGAUAAUGAAGCAAAAAUAAAAAUAAAACACGAAAUAAUAUAUGCAUGACUGUAAAACAAUUUUUAUAUAGAUGUAUGAUCAUUCCUAGAUGUAUGUUUGAACGUAUUCCAAAAAAAAAAAAAAAAACAAAACAAUUUCAGUAAAAAAAAUGCCACAAUUUUUUUUUAACGCCCUAAGUUGGCCAUUUGUAUUUUGAGAUUUUGUCUCUAAUUGACAAUUCAUUUUAAAUAAACUUCAAAAUUACUACGUUCUUUUUCUUUCGUUUUUUUCUUCGUAUUCAAUGGGUUCUGAUUACCUAAUACCUAAUAUUAUCACACAAUUUAUUUUCGAAAACCAGGAAAGGAAUGGGAAGCAAGCUAUCCAUAUAGCAUAGAACGUAAUUGAAGGUUAAACCUUGACCUUAUAAUGAUUCUUUAUACAUUCUUCGUAUCAUACCAUUUCGUAUAGAUUUUUCAUCAAUAAUUCUUUUUUAUUUUCCUUUUGAAUUAUUCCGUAUAUAUUUUUCCCCAAGUGAUUUUUUUUUAUUUAUUUUUUAUUUAAAAAAAAAAACAGUGCUAAUGAAAAGGAGAAACAUGCAAGGCCUAUUGCAUUUUAUUUUCAUUAUUGUUUUAAUUUUUUACAACAUAAUUGAAGAUGUAAGACUCUCCUCUCUUUCUGAUAAUUUUCGAAUUGAUAUUUAUCGAAGUUUAGUUCAUUUUUUAUUUCAGAAAUUCAAAUAAUUCAAUUGUAUUGUAUAGAUGUUCCUCUUACAUUUUUUUACUUCCAUAUAAGUUAAUCAUUUCCGUUUUAAAUGGACAUUGUCAUUCGGAAAAGAUAUUCCAUGCUCUUCAUUCAUGUGCUAAGGUUUUAGGAUAUAUCAAAAGCGUUUAAGAUACCCAAAUAGAUGAUAGAAUAAUAUUGAUUGAGCAACAAUUCCCAUGAAGAUGUUUAAAUUUUUAUACUCGUAUCCUUAUUUUCCUAUUAAUGCUUUUCUCUAAUUUUUCACUCCAUCUGCCAUUUUCCUGGUUCAAUAUCUUAUCUGCCCAUCAAGCCUUCAUUAUAUCUUUAAAACCAGUAGUAGAUAGGUUAAUCUAUCUUUAUUUUUGAAGAAAACAUAUAAAUAGAAAAUCCAAAACCGUUUCCGUUAACUUUCGGCACUACUUGUCGCCUCCCUCAAUGCUUGAGCUUUGACGAGGAAAGAAAUCCCAAAUCGUUCUAUUUAUACUUCCUCUCUUAAUUUAAAGCCGCCAGGAACCGCUGCCUUGAUCCCUGUUGGUCACAUCCAUUUCCUUGUAUUUAAUAUAAUAAACACAUGGUUUCCAAGGAAAAUUUAAAGUUGAGCUACAUAAGCGAUACAAGAAAAUCAGAAGUGGCCAAAAGUUUGGAAAUUUAUGAAACACCGAAGGAUAAACUUCUCGACAGUGUGUGUGGCCCCACGUUGGGCGCCAAUCAACCAAACCACCCUAACAGGUCUACUAGUCGUGAACACAGACUGCGCUAGCAGUUUGGCGAUAUGUGGGCCGGGGUUCUUGGUUCUCACAUAUUACCUCACUCUCAGGACACAAAGAUUUAAUCACGUACCUUGACUAAGGAGCCAACAAAACAAAACCCACCCGGGGUAAAUUACUCUAAUAGAAAUCUAAAACCUCGAAGUGGAGUGAUACCAUCGAGGAUUUCAAUCCCAAAGGAGCUGAUGUUGAUGUUUUUCUGCGACAUUUCUCCAAACCCAACUGCAUUCAGAUAUCCCUGCUGAACUGGAUGGUGAGUAAGGAGCGUCCUCGUCUUUGGCAUACAAUUUGAUAGUGGAUUCGAAACCAUAGCGGGCUUAGAGAGUCACCUUGGAAAAUGCCACGCCUGAUUGGUAUCUCUCUAGAUAUUUGUGAGGAUACCGAUAGCUUCGUGCUCCAAUUCUUCAUCACUGUUCUGAGCAACGGGUAACACUUGUAGUAACCACGAAUCCGAUAUGGAGUCAUGAGGAGGCCCACUCGUGCACAAAAUUAUAAUAUCCGUUCCAUCGGUGAGACAAGUAAUUGGGAGGAAAAAUUAAAUGUGGGCUUGAUUUCCCCCGCGAUAACUGGGAUUUUGGAUUUCUUUUCUCAUCGGAAUCCAAGCAUUGAGGAAGGCGACAAGUAGUUGCCGAGCUAUGUAUAUUUUAAAAAAAUUAAUUUCUAGUAAUUUCUAGUCAAUGGAAACGAUUUUGGAUUUUUUAUUUAUAGUGAUAUAGCUUUAUUUAAAUGCUCUAAACGCAGGUUUUUAUUAAGAAAUAUAUGAAUCAAAACUCCAUGAUUAUGGAUCUACUGGUUAAUUUCUCAUUUAUUAGAUAAAACCAUUCAAAAUUUUCUCAAAUUUUCAGUUGAUUUUUUUUAUCCAGUUCCAUAUGGUUAAGCAAAGCUUUUGGACAUAUAUCCCUGAUUUUUCGAAAAUUCCAAGCUAGGUACAGAAAAUUAAAAAAAAAUAUAUAAUAUACCGAAUUGUGGAGAGAAUCUUUAUUUUGAUUUUGAAAAUCCGACUUUUAAAAAACCUUUCAAAUCCAACAUCAAAUAUUUUUAUUAUAUAUAUAAUUCAGGCAUGUGGAAAAUAUAUACCAGCUACAGCAAAUGUACAAAAUAGUCAAACUGGUCAAGCGAUGGAUGGUACAUACUUGGUGGAAGCUUCAUUUUAAAAAGAAAUUAAAAGAAAGUACACUAAGUAUAAGCAUUUCCGCGUCGAAGUGCAAGUGAUAUAGCAAACUCCUUUGUUAAACGAAACAAUCAUAGAAAAUAAAAUGAUUGGUUAUAAAUAUGAUUUAAAUGAAUAAUAUAUAACAGUAAUAUAUAAAAUGGAUCGAAUAGUAAACUAUUUUGUCUAUUUAAACAACUAACUUUAUUUAUUCUCUAUUUCGAUAAAGUAAUAAAACCAUGUAUAAAGAAAACAAAAAGGUUCACUUGAGGCACGCUCAAUAGUAUUGAUCUUUGGAAACAGCUUACAAAUUAAAUAAGCGGAACCAAGAGAUUAUUUACAGUACGAGGCUUAGUUGUAAGACCAUGGAAAGUAACAAACCAGAUACUAUGAUAUAUCUUUCAACAUUCAAUCACCAGCUAGCAGGUAACACAUUUUAAGCCGCUUAACAUCUCCAAUUUACGAAAAAUACUAAAGGAGGCUAGCGUUCCAGGCGGCUUGAACGACUGAAUUAACAAGAAAUUACUAAACUUUUUCUGAAUAUUGUCUAUUCCUUCCCAUUUUUUUCAAUAUUUUAAUUCAUCACUAAUUAUAAUUGUUUGUCUUUUGUACAUACACCUAUUAGUAAAACAUAUUUUACAUGUGUAAAAAGAUCUUUAAAAAAAGUAUUAAUUUCAAUUUUAUCGAUGAAAAGUAAUUACUAAUAACAUGAAAUCUAAACAAAAUGGUCUUUUCUGGGGUCAGUUUCAAAGUGAAAUUAAACGCCUUUUCAAAAAUCAGUCGAAAGUUACCGGAAUUAGUUACAGAAAAAGGAUGGCUGGGACGAAAAAAUCCAGACUAAAAAUUAUAUAAAAAAUUUAAUGAAAUACCAAAUACUUUUUAGAGUUUCUACUAAUAUUUUUUUAACAUAAAAACACUACUAUUGAAAUACAAGAUGAGUGGUAGUAACGUUGCAGUAAGUAUUACGACAAUUCUAUCACAAUCUGGAUGGAUACAAAGUAUGUUAUCAGAUGGUUCGUUGUAUCAUUACUCCCGAUAUUAUGAGUAGACCAUUUUUUGCCAAAUAUCACUUCAUGAAACAAUUAAAAGCAACAUAUUUACGAGAAAGAAUGAAUAGAUGAGAAAUCACAAAUAGGCGAUCACAUAAUGCAUGUAAGAAAUUGCAAAUCUAUUUACCUGAUGUCGAAUGUUAUAUAUAAAAGGAAAAAAAUGUAAGUUUAAUCUUACAAUCGUGUGCAUGAAAAUUACAAACAUUUAGAUUAUAAUUGAGUAAUUCAUGGCAGAUAGAUAAUGCAUCAAAAAAUGAUAUUCUAUGGUAAUUUGGAAUAAUAUUCCAAAAAAAUUGCCUGAAUGCAUUUAGGAAUGUUAAAUACAUUAUGUUACAACAAAAAUACCUAAAAAUAUAUUUGAAGCAAAAAAAAAAAAUUGAAAAAAAUAUGGUAAUACUAUUGAAAUUCAAUUUAUAGAUGCGAUAGUUGUAUGCAAUAUAAAGAAAACUGCAAUCAUAAAAAUGAAAGAGAACAGAAAAUUAUCAACAAGUAAAAAAGUAAUUAUAGCAAAAAUAUAUGUUUUUUCUGAAUCAUUUGUUCUCAAAAUAUUUAUUUUUCAUUUCUUAACAAAAUCAUGAUUACAUAUUUAUAUUUCUGAAAAAUGAAAAUUAUGGAACUUAAUUAACGUAAAUAAAAUUUAUUUAUUCUUUAUCUA